AUGUAUAUUUUUGGUAAUAAAUCAGCAUGGAUCAUUAUUGAUGGCAUUAAGCCUCCUGUUAAUCAUGAUUAUCAAUGUUGCAAAAUUUUAAUGGUGUCAUCACCACAGGAAGCAUUUGUCAAAAAUUUCACAAAACCAGGAGAAUUUGUA